GGUCCUCGUUGUGACUCGUAGCGCAUGUGACGGCCAGCUGACUCUAACCGGAAACGUCGAUGAAACUGUAAACAAUUAAACCUUUUCUCUCUUUUCGUUUGUUAACGAUGGAGUCGACUCUUGAACAGCAUCUCGAUGACACCAUGAAGAAUCCAGCAGUUGUCGGUGUGCUCUGCACAGAUCACCAAGGACACAACCUGGGCUGUCGUGGCUCCUUGUCUGAUGAACACGGUGGUGUUGUGUCUGUUUUGUCCAAACAAGCUAUGGCGCUCACCAGAGACCCAACAGUCACCCCGACCGUGUGCCUGGAGUCUGAGUCAGGAAACAUUCUGGUGAGGAGUCACGGCACCAUCACGGUAGCGGUUCACAAGAUUGCAUCGUGAAGACAACAGGAGCCUCAGGAGUUUUGGGAUGAAGACAUGAAACAUACACAAUCCAAACAAAUCAGAGAAAAGUGGGAAUUACACUGAUUUCCUGUUUGCUGUAGAUGUAAUAUUUAGGAGUAUUGUUGACUGGGUGUGAUGAACAGAACUGAUCAUGUUGUGUGAAAUGCAGUGAAGGUUGUUUGUCUGAUCUUAAAUGCCACAAACACUCAAUAACCUUGAUUAAAGGUUAACUUGACUUUCA